AUGUCGGCCUCACCCCCAACUCAGUCCGCAAAGCGGCCCCUCGAGGAGACCUCGUCCCCAUCCCGAACCGACCAGCCUGAUGCGAAGCGGCCGGCCCUGGAUAAAGUCCUCCGUGGCGAGGAAGAGGAGGUUCAGGUCAAGACCGAUGUCCCCUCGGAGAACGGCCACGAAGAUACCGUGGAGACAUCAGCUGCUGAGGUCAGUUCAAACGGCGAGACCAAGGCCAACGGAGAGAACGCAGAGCCUCAAGACGUUCAGGGGGAUGCUGUGGUGUCCGACGUCGCUGCGGAGACCAAGCCUAUCGUGAGCACCAGCUCUCUGGGAGGUGGCAACUCUGCCCAGGCUGCUUCCGCCCAUGACGAGACAGCGUGGAUCCACAUCAGAGCCGUGAUCACGAGCCCUGAGGCGGCUACCAUUAUUGGAAAGGGAGGCGAGAAUGUCUCGAAGAUCAGGCAAAUGUCCAACGCGAAGUGCACUGUAAGCGACUACCAGAAAGGGGCCAUAGAGCGUAUCCUUACUGUGAGCGGCAGCGUUGAUGCCGUGGCCAAGGCGUUCGGACUGAUUAUUCGUACUCUGAACAACGAGCCCCUGGCCGAAGCUUCGAACCCACAGUCCAAGACCUAUCCACUCCGGCUGCUCAUCCCGUCCAUACUCAUUGGCUCCAUCAUCGGGAAGGGCGGUGCGCGCAUCAAGGAGAUUCAGGAAGCUUCUGGUGCUCGCCUGAACGCGUCAGACUCGGUACUUCCCCUAUCAACAGAGCGCUCAUUGGUUGUCAUGGGUGUCGCCGAUGCUGUCCACAUUGCUACGUACUAUGUGGCCAGCACGCUGCUUGAGCAGCUCAAUGAGCGUUUCGGCGGCCCUGCUGCGUCUGCUUACGCAACGCGGAGCGGUGGCCCAGCUGGAGCCAUCCCUGGAGGAAUGCAGGUCGUCCCAUACAUGCCUCAGCCUGCAGGUGGAAACUUUGGCCGAAGUGAAAACUACGGAAGGAACCAACCUCGACAUGACCCGCGUGGUCAACAGAUGCCGCAAUCCUACAUGCCUCCUUAUGGUGGCCAACCGCACCCUGCUCAGCCAAACCCGGCCAUUCCCGUGCACUACGCUGGUGCUCAGGCGGGAGCAGCUUAUGGACCGGCGGCUCACAUGCAACAGCCCCAUCACGGCCCUCACGUCGGCGCACACCCUCACGGCGGUCCCCAAGCUCAGCAGCCGAUGCACGGUGGUGCAGGAAUGCCCGGAGCCCCCCUCACACAGCAGAUCUACAUUCCCAAUGACAUGGUCGGCGCCAUCAUUGGCAAGGGAGGCCAGAAGAUCAACGAGAUCCGGCAAAUCAGUGGCAGCGUCAUCAAGAUCAACGAGCCGCAGGACAACAGCAACGAGCGCCUGGUCACGAUUACUGGUACAGAGGAGUGCAACCGUAUGGCCCUGUACAUGCUGUACUCCAGACUCGAGAGCGAGAAGCACCGUAUCUAG